AUGGUGCUCACCGACGAAGAGCAGCCUCUGCUCAGAAUCAUUUCGCAUGAUUAUGAAAGCACCCAGCAAGAGGGUGACCAAUAUGGAAACGAUGAGCUCGAGUUUGAGCCUCUGGACCCUGAAGACCCUAGAAAUUGGUCUUGGGCCCAUAAAUGGAGCAACGUCUUGCUGCUUGCGUUCAUGGCAUUUGUCGUUACAUUCACAUGCAUUGGUGUUGUGCCUUUGGCCCCUACCAUCGUUGAAGACCUGGAUGGAAAGCAUAGCAGUGCAGCCAAUAGCGCACUACUCGUCACCAUUUGGGAGCUCGGGGAAGCCGCUGGACCUCUGUUAAUCGCACCCUUGUCCGAACUACUCGGACGGUCUCCUGUGUUCCAUGCUUGCAACAUAGGAUUCAUUGCUGCCACCAUCGUAGCAAUCUACAGCCCAAGCAGCACAGUCUUCAUCACCGCGAGGAUGCUCACAGGCCUUUGCGUCGCUUCCAAUGUACUCAACCCGGCCAUCAUUGGCGACAUCUUCGAGAAUGAGCAGCGUGGCUCACCCAUGUCUCUGAUCAUGCUCGCACCACUUAUCGGAGGAGCCAUUGGACCUGCUAGCGCUGGUGCCAUUGCCGAGACAAUGGGAUGGCGGCGUAUAUUGGUCAUUGCUGUCGGCCUUGCCAUUCUGUGCGAGUUCCUCUUCCUCGUCUACUUUAGAGAGACAUAUAAGUUGGCAAUUUUGAGGAAAAGAGCAGCAAAAUCCGCCGAUGGAGCCGACGCGACUGUAGAAGUCAGAAUCACCCAUGCAGGGUCUGCAAAGCUUUGGCACUCAUUGACACGCCCGUUUGCAAUUCUUUUUAGAUCGAGCGUCCUCAUGCUCCUCUCGUUGUUUGCUUCGGUCGCCUUCAGCUUCUUCUAUGUCAUAAGUGUGUCACUGCCAGUCAUCCUAACGGACAAAUAUGACUUCAAGCUUGCUAUGACCGGGACUGCCUUUAUCUCUUUCAGCAUUGGAUCUCUAUGCAGUGUCAUGAUCUGCAAUUUUGCACUCGACAGAAUUUAUGUGAGGCUUCGCGGACCCGAGGGCGAGAAAGGGAAACCCGAAUAUCGCCUGCCGCUUUCUAUAUUCGGUGCUCUUGUACUACCCUUCACCGUAAGCGCAUAUGGCUGGAUUGCAGAGUACAAACUCCCUGUGUUACUGCUUCUUGGGUCUGUGGUACUGAUGGGAGCUACCUUGUUGCUAUCCGUUAUCCCACUAUCCAACUACGUUGUUGAUGCGUUUGGCAUGUAUUCAGCAUCGGCACUGACUGGCGUCAUUGUUACCAGGUGCCUGAUGGGAACCUUCUUGCCUUUGACAGCUAACCCGCUGGCUGAGAAUCUGGGCUAUGGGCUGGGCUUCAGCUGCUUGGGUGCCUUGAGCCUGGUCCUGGCAAUUAUACCCAUUUGCGUAUUUAGAUACGGAGAGAGUUGGCGACAGCGUUCUGAGUUUACGAGAGAUUGUUAA